CGCGCUCCGCGCUUCCGCCCGCCCGCCGCCAGCGCCGGCGCCAUGGCGGUGAAGGGGGCCGCGGCCGGCGCCGGGGUGCUCCUGGUGACGGCCAACGUCGGGUCCCUCUUUGACGACCCGGAAAAUUUACAGAAGAAUUGGCUUCGGGAAUUUUACCAGGUUGUACAUGCACACAAGCCCCACUUCAUGGCUUUACACUGUCAAGAAUUUGGAGGAAAAAACUAUGAAGCUUCCAUGUCUCACGUGGACAAGUUUGUGAAAGAAUUGUUAUCAAGUGAUGCAAUGAAAGACUACAACAGAGCUCGAGUUUACCUGGAUGAGAACUACAAAUCACAGGAACAUUUUACGGCUCUUGGAAGUUUUUACUUUCUUCAUGAAUCUUUGAAAAAUAUCUACCAGUUUGAUUUUAAAGCUAAGAAGUAUAAAAAGGUUACUGGGAAAGAGAUCUACUCAGACACUUUAGAAAGCACACCCAUGCUGGAAAAAGAGAAGUUUCCACAGGAUUAUUUCCCCGAGUGCAAGUGGUCCAGAAAAGGUUUCAUUCGAACAAGAUGGUGUAUUACUGACUGUGCCUUUGACUUGGUAAACAUUCAUCUUUUCCAUGAUGCUUCCAAUUUAAUUGCUUGGGAAUCAAGCCCAUCGGUUUACUCAGGAAUACGGCAUAAGGCUCUUGGCUAUGUACUUGAUAGAAUUAUAGAUCAGCGAUUUGAGAAAGUUUCAUAUUUUGUCUUUGGAGAUUUCAACUUUAGACUGGAUGCCAAAGCAGUAGUAGAGACACUCUGUGCAAAGGCUACGAUGCAGACGAUCCGGGCAGCUGACACAAAUGAAGUAGUCAAGCUAAUAUUUCGUGAAUCUGAUAAUGACCGAAAGGUUAUGCUACAAUUAGAAAAGAAGCUGUUUGACUAUUUCAAUCAAGAUGUAUUUAGAGAUAACAAUGGCACUGCGCUUUUAGAAUUUGACAGAGAGCUAUCAGUCUUUAAAGACAGAUUGUAUGAACUGGACAUCUCAUUUCCUCCCAGCUAUCCAUACAGUGAGGACUCUAGCCAGGGAAAGCAGUACAUGAAUACAAGAUGUCCAGCCUGGUGCGACAGAAUUCUGAUGUCCCACUCAGCCAAGGAGCUCAUUCUGAAAUCAGAAAAUGAUGAGAAGAUAGUCAUAUAUGACCACAUUGGGCCAAAUGUCUGCAUGGGGGAUCACAAGCCUGUGUUCCUGUCCUUUCGAAUAGCGGCUGGGGCAGGAAAAAGAUGCCCACGCAACGAGAAGAUUUUCCGCGAGAGCUCGCUGUAGCAGGGAGGGGAAGGAGGGUGCAGGAACCUGAAACACAUGCUCGUUAACAGCUGCAUUGAUCAAUCCAGUCCUGAGUGCCACAUUGUUAGACUGCUGAUCGUACACUAUGCUUCAGCAUCCGGACUCUGUUCGAGAAAAGCCUCACAUACCUCACUGUCUUGUAUGUUCAUGUGACAUCAAGUAGAAACGUGGAAUUAUUUUUUAUAUACGUGUCACAAUUCUGUUGCCAAAACUCUAAACAGACAGCAGAACAGUUGCGUUUUAGAUUUCACAACUUUUGACUUUUAAAACGUGUUUGUCAAUGUGGAAAGGCUAUUCCAGCAUCUGAUAAACUUUUCAAGGUGUCAUGCCUAACAUUAUAUAUCUUUACCACUUUGGGAUUUUGUACAUUGGACUGUACAGAUAGAGAUACUGAUGGUUUUAAAUGGUAUUUUCUUUGUUGACCAAGGCUUAUGGUUUGUGUUUUAGUUCUAGUAUUUUGUUUUUCAUUUUUAUAUUUUUUUCUCAUGUUAUUUACUAUACUGCCAUGUUACAUGGUUUUUGAAUCACACAGCAGCUGCUUUCUAUACGUACGUAUAUAUAUGUGUGUGUAUAUAUAUGUAUGUAUGUGUAUAUAUACACAGAUAUAUAAAUAAUUUAUAAACCUGACCAAAACUUACGCUAAAUAUACUUUCCAAUAUGAAUGCUUGAGAGUGCCAUAUCAGCAGUUAGUGUUGGAGUCUUAGCAGGUUUACUUAAGUGUACAUCAACCACCAACAUCUAUAUAAUUAAUAAUAUAUAGCAGUGCCAUCCUGAUAGCGAUAUAUAGCAUACUAUAUAGCACAUAUAUUAGCAGCUUCACUUUGUUACUCCUAGAAUCCCUUCUUUCUGUGUAAUAUUACGGUUUGAAUGUGAAGUUCUUAGCUAGGUUUGGGUGUAACUUUCCAGAAUUUUGUAAACCAUUUUUGUCCGUCUUUUGUUACUGUUUUAUGGUGCCAAGUAUUCUAUAUCGAAACAGCAACAACAUGGGAGAAGAAAAUAAUAGCUUCAGGUAGCCACUGCAUUGGACACAGACUGUAUUUAUACAGUGUUUAAAAAAACAAAGGUGACUGUAAAUUUUCCUGGUUAGUAGCUCAGUGCAGCCUACAAUAUAACCUUAUUACAAACAUUUUUCUCCCACCACUAAAUACAACAUUAAAAGGUGAUUAGGGAGUCUGUUGAUGAAACACAAAUGUAUGUUUUAUUGAUUUAAUUUAGAACACUACAGAGUUCAUGGACUGCGUGAUGGCAUUAGAUUGAUGCUUGAUUUUGGUAUAAAUCACUACCAUUGAAAAUGAUUUGAUGUCCGCUGGCAGAGUGUUUUCUCAACAGUACAGCCUAGGUUUAUGUGCUGUCGUCCAAAGGGUGUCUGCAGCUCUGUAUUGUUACUGUGCCAUGUUGCAUUAUAACCACACAGUAAUUCUAUUUAAGCGAACUCAACUCAUGGUAACUUUGAAGGCCUUUAGAAACGAGUACUCUGGUUCUCAAGCAAUAAAACUAAUCCUGGUGAA